AUGACUAUCAGCAAGGCGCUGUGUGACCUAGGGGCUAGUAUUAAUCUGAUGCCCUCCUCUCUAGUGAAAAAGCUGCGCAUGAAAGAAGUGAAACCAGUACAGAUAUCUUUAGAAUUGGUGGACAAAUCAGUAGUGUACCCAAGGGGUAUAGUUGAGAACCUUCUAGUCAAAGUAGACAGAUUCAUUUUCCCUGCUGAUUUUGUGAUCUUGGAAUCUGAUGAGGAUGAUAGUGACUCUAUUAUACUGGGAAGGCCAUUCUUGGCCACUGCUAGGGCCAUUGUAGACGUAGAAAAAGGAGAGUUGACCUUAGGCUACAUGAUGAAAGUGUCACACUGA